AGACACCUCUCGUGCUGUUUCGUGCCUCGUAUCAUUUAUUCUGUGAUACCCUUCGUUGAUCUCCGCGAGAUCCUUUUCCGUGCCUCGCUUUCGACCUUGACAUUGUAUCUGGCUGGACCCAGCGGGACUGCUAUCGCUUGAUUCUCUAGAGAAAAAGGCUUUCGGACAAUUCAGUACCAUGUCGACCGGUAUGAGCCCUUCGAGGGCGUCCCUCAAUGACCGGUCUAAACAUCCACACUUCAUGGGACUAACCGGGAGGCCCUUGAGUUUGGUUGUCUCCAUCGUUGCAACUACCGGCUUUCUUUUGUUCGGAUAUGACCAGGGUGUUAUGAGCGGGAUCAUUUCCGCUGAACCAUUCAACAACUAUUUUCCGGAAACCAAGAACGACUCUACGUGGCAAGGCUUCGUUACGGCCAUCUACGAGAUUGGCUGCUUCCUAGGCGCCGUUUUCAUAUUGCUUGUUGGCGACAAGCUAGGUCGCCGCAAAGCCAUCAUGAUUGGAGGCUUCGUAAUGAUACUUGGUGUCAUCAUACAGAUCACUUGUAUUAAAGGCCAUAAUGCAACAGCCCAGUUCAUCAUCGGCCGUACCGUGACGGGCUUUGGAAACGGAGUCAACACGUCGACUAUUCCUACCUACCAGGCCGAGUGUUCCAGGACGACCAACCGCGGCCUUCUAAUCUGCAUCGAAGGAGGAAUUAUUGCUUUCGGCACUCUGAUCGCAUAUUGGCUUGACUUCGGAUGCACUUAUGCUUCCGCCGAUAUAAGCUGGCGCCUCCCAAUCGCGUUCCAAAUCGUUUUCGGUCUCAUUGUCUGUAUAUUCAUGUUCUGGCUACCAGAGUCGCCUCGGUGGCUUCUCACCAAAGACCGUACGGAAGAGAGUAUGCAGGUUAUUGCUGCUCUCAGGGGUCUACAUGUCGACGAUGAUGAGACUAAGCUCCAAGCAAACAUCAUUAUGGACAGUAUCAGAGCAUCGGGUCACCAUGGCGGCAACACGCCAUUCAGUGCCCUGUUCACUGGUGGCAAGACACAACAUCUUCGUCGCAUGCUUCUUGGAGCGUCCGCUCAGCUUUUCCAGCAAAUCGGUGGCUGCAAUGCAGUCAUAUACUACUUCCCCAUUCUCUUCGAAACGUCGAUUCUCCCGGGACAGCAUACGAUGUCACUGCUCAUGGGCGGUGUCAAUAUGGUAGUCUAUGCCAUAUUUGCGACGGUCUCGUGGUUCAUCAUCGAGAGAGCGGGUCGCCGCAAGCUGUUCCUCAUUGGUACCGUCGGCCAGUGUCUUUCCAUGGUCCUUGUGAUGGCGUGUCUCAUUCCAAACACCCCCUCCGCCGCAAAGGGGGCCGCUGUCGGUCUCUUUACUUAUAUCGCAUUCUUUGGAGCGACUUGGCUCCCACUUCCGUGGCUGUAUCCUGCAGAAAUAAACCCUAUCAAGAUUCGAGCCAAGGCCAACGCGGUUUCCACCUGCACCAACUGGAUAUUCAACUUCCUCAUCGUUAUGAUUACCCCCAUAAUGAUAGACCACAUCAAGUGGGCAACCUACUUGGUCUUCGCCGUCAUCAACGCCUGCUUCUUCCCCGUCAUUUAUUUCUUCUAUCCCGAGACCCGCAAACGCAGUCUCGAGGAGAUCGAUCUUAUCUUCGCCAAAGGAUAUCUUGAGGAUAUGACUUACGUGCGAGCGAGCAAGGAGCUUCCUUUCUUAUCUGACGCAGAGAUUGAUGCCACAGCGAGACAGUACGGAUUCUUAGAUGACGAAAUCGAAGUUGAGGAUAGUGAAAAGAACACGGAGUCGAGAAUUGUAGAUCUUUAGCGCUUGCGCAACGGAGAGCUGGCACAAUUUCCUUUGCAACCUGGUGUUCAGGGAUGCGAUAUAUGAUGAUAUCCAGCAGAUGAUACCCAAGUCACAAUUGUGGCAUUCAACGAACUUGUUCGUCAAAGGAAUGGAUAAAGGGGGUUUAGCUAUGAAUAGAGUCCUGCACGACAAUACUACACACAUUCUCUAACUGUCUUAAGACAACCUAAAUGUAUUAGAAGUAUCGGAAAUGUUUGAUCCAGCUUUGACAUGAUUGGGAGGCUUUUUUCGGUGCACCUGUCUGAGAGUGAGUACAUAGCUAAAAUGUCAGCAGU